AUGAGCGCCAGCGGCCCGGCGGCUCCCGGGGACGGCCCCGCGCUCCCGCCGCCGCCGCCCGGGCCCGGCCCGGGACCCGCAGCGCCCGCGCCCGCCGCCGCCGCCGCCCGGGACGCCAUGGACGGGCGCGCCGAGCCGCCCGCCUUCCCGCGGCCCGGAGCCCCUCCGCUCGCGGCCAGCGACACGGUGCCCGCGGCGCCCGAGGGGGCUGGCGCGGCCCGCCCCGCCCCGCCGCCGCGCCCCACCUCCUUCUCGGUGCUGGACAUCCUGGACCCCAACAAGUUCAACAGCAGGAGACGCCGCUGCGUGCUGCUGGGCCCCGUGGCGCCCGCCGCGUGCGCCCCGUGCGCCCCGGGUCCGUGCGCCCCGGCCCCCGCCGCCCCGGGACACCCGCCGCGCGCGGAGGAGCUGGAGCGCCGCACGCUUGCCGCCGCGGGAGCCGCCGCCGGAGCCGAGCCGCCCCGCGCUGGCGACCCCUACAAGGUGGACGAGGCGGACGCCAACGGCUACAGCAGCGGCGGCGGCCGCAGCCCCAGCGCAGACAGCGGGGACGAGGCGCCCGACGAGGAGGAGGAUGACGAGGAUGCGGCACCCAGCGCGGAGGCGGCACGAGGGCCGGAGGAGGCGCGCGGCUGUGGUGGCAGCGGCGGGGCCCGCGGGUCGGGCUGUCCGGGCGCAGCCGAGACCGAGGCGACCCCGGGCGCCGUCGACGACUCUGGGAACCCCGGGCCCCGCGGGAACUCGUCGGGGGCCGCCGGCCUGCCGGGCCCUUCGGCGGCUGGGGGCGGGGGGCCGGCCCCGCAGAGCACAGCCAAGCCCAAGCGCAAACGCACGGGUUCCGACUCCAAAUCUGGAAAGCCGCGGCGAGCGCGCACCGCCUUCACCUACGAGCAGCUCGUGGCGCUGGAGAACAAGUUCAAGGCGACACGCUACCUCUCGGUCUGCGAGCGCCUCAACCUGGCCCUGUCGCUCAGCCUCACCGAGACGCAGGUGAAGAUCUGGUUCCAGAACCGCCGCACCAAGUGGAAGAAGCAGAACCCGGGUGCCGACACGAGCGCGCCUACCGGCGGCGGCGGGGGCGCGGGGCCCGGCGCGGGCCCCGGCGCAGGGCUGCCUGGGGGACUCAGUCCACUCAGCCCGUCGCCGCCCAUGGGCGCGCCGCUCACCAUGCACGGACCGGCCGGGUACCCCGCGCACGGUCCCGGGGGCCUGGUGUGCGCCGCGCAGCUGCCCUUCCUGUCCAGCCCGGCCGUGCUGUCGCCCUUCGUGCUGGGCUCGCAGACCUACGGCACUCCCGCCUUCUAUGCACCGCACCUCUAG